CUCCCACUGCUUGGAAACCGAAACCUAAAAGUUGCCUUAAAACGGCUGCUGUUUCUUAAACUCCUCCAUUUUGGGUCUAAAUCCACAGAAGCACGUUUUUCUGCUGCAGGCUUGGUUCUGGUCAUGGCUUACAACCAGUCUCCUUUUUACAACCCGAUGAUUCCUUUCACUGGAUCCAUCCAUGGUGGCCUGCAGGAGGGGAAGUCCAUCAUCAUCAGUGGUCGAGUCCUUCCUGGAGUUGACAGGUUCCACGUAAACUUGCAGUGCGGCUCCAGGAACGGGGCGGACAUCGCCCUCCAUUUUAACCCCCGCUAUGAUGGUCACCCUUACGUGGUCACCAACACCUUCCAGUACGGAAGCUGGGGCUCCGAGGAGAGGAAGCACAACGCACCUCUUCCCUCGGGCAGUAACUUCACCCUGCAAAUCACCGUUACCCGGGAUUUCUACCAGCUGAGCGUGAACGGCAGCCACUUCAUGGAUUACAGACAUCGCAUCCCGUUUCAGCAGGUUGACACCAUCUCAGUCGGUGGAAAAGUGGAAGUUUCCUCCAUUUCCUUCUCAACUCCUGUGCUAUUUCCUCAGCAAGCUUUCCCCACCCAGGCCGGCUUCCCGUCCUUUCCGGCAUUUCCUCAGACAGGAUUCCCAGCACAGCCAGGGUUUCCUCCUGCAAUGCCUGUUGUUCCAUACAAGAACUUCAUCAGUGGAGGACUCCAGCCAGGUAGGACCAUCACCAUCCAGGGAGUCGUCCUUCCCAGCGCCACAAGGUUCAGCGUGGACCUUACACACCAAUCUGGCAUUGCUCUGCAUUAUAAUCCACGUUUCAACGAGAACACAGUGGUCCGAAACACCAAGCAGUGGGAUAAGUGGGGCUCCGAGGAACGAAAUGGAGGGAUGCCCUUCCAGCGAGGACAACCUUUCACGCUGACCAUCAUCUGUGAGAACAACUCCUUCCGGAUCGUGGUGAACGGGAUGCAGGCCCACACCUACAACCACCGCUUCACUCCUGUGCAGAACAUCAUUGCCAUGGAGAUCAAUGGGGACGUCCAGCUGACCUCAGUAAUGGUUUAGAUCCUGUGUCCAGUCAAAGAAACACAUUUAGAACCUCUGAGGUCCGGCAGUAAGGCAGCAGGGUGUUUCUUUACUUUCAUCUAGUGGUCAACUUGUAGAUGGUAACCAUCUCAGAUCCAGUCCAUAUUAUUAUAAAUUUGCCAUUUUAAAACAAAUAAACAUUAAAAUAACUUCACUAUUUAGGUUGGUUAUUCAUCUUUGCUUUAGCUGCUUUAUGUAGUUUAUUUACUCACUUUAUUCCUGUUUUUAUGGAACUUAUUCAGCCUCUCUCACUGAUCUGUCCCUGAGACCCAAUGACCAGGGUUACUUUCAGCCCCCUUGAGUUGCUUCAUUCACUGCCUCAAACUAGGCAACAACCUAAUGCUUAAUGUUCCUUCAUACACCAAUAAAACAUGUUAUGCUA